UUCCCCACAUCACUCCCUCCCACCAUCCUUCUCCUUCAAUCUUCUCUCUCUCUCUCUCUAAGAUGGCAGCUGAAGCAACGGCAGAGAAGAGGCUUGGGGAUUUUGAACCUCAAAAGAAACCCAAAAGGAACAAGUAUGCUUUUGCCUGUGCCAUUUUGGCCUCCAUGACUUCCAUCUUACUUGGUUAUGAUAUAGGGGUGAUGAGUGGGGCGGCGAUAUAUAUACAGAGGGACCUCAAGGUGUCGGACGUCCAGAUCGAGAUCUUGAUGGGGAUUAUCAAUCUCUACUCUCUUAUAGGCUCUUGUCUCGCCGGAAGAACCUCCGACUGGAUUGGCCGCCGAUACACCAUUGUGCUCGCCGGGGGGAUCUUCUUCGCCGGAGCCAUUCUCAUGGGAUUCUCUACUAACUACACCUUCCUCAUGUGCGGUCGCUUCGUCGCCGGCGUUGGCAUCGGUUACGCCCUCAUGAUCGCUCCCGUCUACACCGCCGAGGUCUCGCCGGCUUCCUCUCGUGGCUUCCUCACUUCCUUCCCUGAAGUCUUCAUCAAUGGCGGAAUAUUACUUGGAUACAUUUCAAACUACGCAUUUUCGAAGCUGCCACUUCGCUUGGGCUGGCGGGUCAUGUUGGGAGUCGGCGCCAUUCCGUCGGUGCUCUUAGCCAUCGGGGUCUUAGCCAUGCCCGAGUCGCCUCGCUGGCUCGUCAUGCGUGGUCGGCUCGGCGACGCCAAACGAGUUCUGGAAAAGACCUCAAACUCCAAGGAAGAGGCUCGGCUCAGGCUAGCCGACAUCAAGGAAGCCGCCGGCAUCCCCGAAAGCUGCAACGACGACGUCUUUCAGGUGAACGCCAAGAAAAAUAUCGGCGAAGGAGUUUGGAAAGAACUUUUCCUCCACCCAACUCCGGCUGUCCGUCACAUCGUGAUCGCCGCCCUCGGAAUUCAUUUCUUUCAGCAAGCCUCCGGCGUCGACGCCGUCGUUUUGUACAGCCCAACCAUCUUCGGAAAGGCCGGCAUCACUUCCGACACCGAUAAGCUUCUCGCCACCGUUGCCGUCGGAUUCGUGAAGACCAUUUUCAUCCUGGUGGCUACGUUUAUGUUGGAUCGGGUCGGGCGACGCCCGUUAUUGUUGAGCAGUGUGGGGGGCAUGAUACUGUCGCUCCUCACCCUGGCUGUGAGCCUCACGAUCAUUGAUCAUUCGAAGACCAAGUUAAUGUGGGCCGUCGUGUUAAGCAUAGCAACAGUUUUGUCGUACGUCGCUACGUUUUCUAUUGGUGCGGGUCCCAUCACGUGGGUUUAUAGCUCUGAGAUAUUUCCGUUGAAGCUACGCGCUCAGGGUGCGGCUGCGGGAGUGGUGGUGAAUCGGGUCACGAGCGGGGUGAUCUCAAUGACCUUUUUGUCCUUAGAGAAGGCCGUUACUAUAGGCGGGGCCUUCUUUCUGUUUGGGGGAAUCGCAACCAUUGGAUGGAUCUUCUUCUAUAUGAUGCUCCCGGAAACACAGGGAAGACCCUUGAAGAAAUGGAAGGGUCUUUUGGUAAAUUCAGGAAAAAUUCCAGCGCUGAUGAAGGAGUCAACGGUAACCACAAGGCUAACGGUAAUGGCCAAAUCCAAUUAAGUUGAAUUGGAUGAAGGCGUCUUAUGGGUAUCAAAUCAAUAAUGCGUUUAAAAUCAUAGGAAAGAAGUUGUUUUUUUUUUUUGGGCCAACAAAAGAAGUUGUUUUUUUUGACAAGUAAUGAACACUGCGACUUCUAGAAAAUGUACUAGAAUUUUAUGCAAAUGCAAAAAAGUCAAGCUCACUGUAAAAUGAUGUGUUUUUAUGUCACUCGAUUAUUCAAGCGACAAAGGUUGUAGUUUCAUUUAAAGGAAAGGGAAAUUUUCUA